AUGAAGUACACCUCCUUUCUCACGGUUUCGGCCCUGACAACAUUAGCGAGCACUUCUGCCGUCGGGCCUCGUGACGCUAUUGAAGCUCGAAGGGUUGCACCUGUCGACUAUGCCUUGGAUCUCGUCAAGCGUGCAUCACCGCAGGCGCCUGAUGGCUACGCGCCGGCCGUCGUCAACUGCCCGUCUACACGACCCAGCAUCCGCUCUGCAGACAAACUCUCCGACUCAGAAACUGCAUGGUUGCAGAAGAGGCGGCCAAACACCGUGGAUCCUAUGAAGAGCUUCCUGUCACGUGCCAACAUCCCCAACUUCGAUGCUAGCGCAUACAUUGAGAAGCACCGCGACAACACGACUGCACUGCCCAACAUUGCUAUCUCGUUCUCUGGUGGUGGAUACCGUGCUCUCUUGAACGGUGCGGGCGCUCUGUCUGCAUUCGACAAUCGCACACGGAAUGCUACAAGCAGUGGGCACCUGGGAGGACUGCUGCAGUCUGCUACCUACGUCUCGGCCCUGUCCGGUGGAGGCUGGAUGAUUGGUAGCAUCUACGCGAACAACUUCACAAGCGUGCAGAGCAUUCAGGAUCAGGGAGAAGGCACGGAGAUCUGGCAGUUCCAAAACUCUUUGUUCAAGGGUCCUCCGACUGGUGGUGUCCAGCUCCUCUCCACGGUCGAUUACUACCACAACCUGGUCAGCACGGUCAAAGAUAAGGCCGACUCGCCUGCUGGAGCAUUCAACAUCUCGAUCACAGAUUACUAUGGCCGUGGCCUGUCCUUCCAGCUUAUAAACGCUAGCGAUGGCGCGCCUGCGUACACUUUCUCUUCCAUCCAGGACGAUCAGGCGUUCUCCAACGGCGAGGCACCCAUGCCUAUUCUUGUCUCGGACGAGCGUUCACCUGGAGAUAUUGUUGUCUCUCUGAACGCCACUGUUUUUGAAUUCAACCCCUUCGAGAUGGGCUCGUUUGAUCCCACUACCUACGGUUUUGCUCCGUUGAAGUACAUUGGUUCCAACUUCUCCAACGGAGCGCUUGCGCAGAGCGAAGGCUGUGUUGCGGGAUUCGACAACCUUGGGUUCGUUAUGGGCACCAGUUCGUCGCUGUUCAACCAGAUCUUUCUUUCUCUAGGUGGCUUUGACCUGCCUGACUUCCUGACAAGCGCCAUCUCAAGCGUUCUCGCCGAUAUUGGAAAGGACCACGACGACAUUGCGGACUACACCCCAAACCCCUUCUACGGCUACCACAACGACACCAACCCCAGCUUCGACCACGAGCGUCUUACGCUUGUCGAUGGUGGUGAGGAUCUCCAGAACAUUCCUCUGAACCCUGUGAUCCAGCCUAUGCGCAACGUUGAUGUCAUCUUCGCCGUCGACUCCUCUGCAGACACGAUCGCGCCAUCCGCACCCAACUGGCCCAACGGCACGGCUCUGAUCGCGACGUAUGAGCGUGCCGAGACACCCAUCAUGAACAGGACAUCUUUCCCUUACAUCCCCGGCCACGACACUUUUGUCGCUCUGGGUCUCAACAACAGACCCACCUUCUUCGGGUGCAACAGCAGCAACGUGACAUCGGGCGACAACAUUCCCCCACUUAUCGUCUACCUGCCCAACUCUCCGUACAGCUUUGAUUCGAACACGUCGACAUUCGACAAGCUCGACUACACUCUAGCGGAGCGCAACUCGAUGAUUCAGAACGGCUACGACGUGGCGACGCAGGCCAACUCGACUCGCGAAGGGGCUUCGGACUGGCCCGCGUGCGUUGCUUGUGCCAUUCUUUCGCGGUCGAUGGAGCGCAACGGCGAGACUGUUCCUGAGGCUUGCCAGCAGUGUCUCACUUCGUACUGCUGGAACGGCACGCUGGCCACUACGUCGCAGCCAUACUUUCCUCGGAAGCUUGACGCUGAGGCGUCGACCAAGGACAGCGGUGUUGGCAAGUUCUCACCCAACGCUGUCGGGCUGGCUCUGGUGGCAGCCGUUGCCGGAUACCUUGUGAUGUAA